UUCUUUAAUUUGUUGUUGACGAGUGCCAUCGCGUUAUCUCAUGCGAAAAAGUCCAAACAUAACAAGCUUUGGUCUGCCUUCACAAUCUGCUGUCAGCUGUUAGUGUUGUGCCUUAUCUCCUCAGGCACAAACAAGGCAUAGGCUGCACUCGCGCGCAAUGCUCUAGCAAUUUGUUCAGUUUAUGCCUGUGUUGGACCGACGCUAGUCAUUUUUAUUUUCUUGUUUUGUGCCACCAUUGCUUUGAAGUGUAUUCACUGUAUUAACUGUAUUUAAAGGACAUCUGGCGUGUGAGCGAGCAUGACGAAACUCCUGGACGAGCCGCUUACACCCAGUCCCAACGCCAACAUGAACCAACAGGGCCAGUGGCGUUAUCACGGGACGGGUGACCCAGCGCUCACUUCUGGCGUCCCUGAAUCAACCGCCAAUAACAGCUAUCACGCUAAUCGCAGCCGCGCCAACCUGUUGGAGCAGUCGAUCCGCGAAGAGCCCGAGGACGACGACCUCUGCUAUUUCCCCCUUCCCGCCGCCAAUCCCGCUCCCCGCAGCAAGACCGGCACACUGCACCGGCUGGGCGACAAGGUGCUGCAUCUGACGCAGCGCGGAUACGGCUCCUUUCCCCUGCCCAGGGGCCGCGGCGCCCCCGGGGGCGGUCACAAGUUUGUGCAGUUCAGCGACCGCGUGCUGCCCCUGCCCGCCCACCGCGAGGGCUGCAGCAAGGCCAAGCUGGGCUUUGUCGCCGUUGUUGUGCUGAUCAUCCUGGGCCUCACAGUUGGCAUCAUCGUGGAAAUGCGUGCCGGCCGUCAUGAUCACUGGCAGCCAAGUCUAUCUGCAUCCUCAGCAGCCAGCAGCCAGUUUCCUGAGCUGCGCCAGCAAAUCCUGCGCACCAAGCACUUUGUCAGUGCCGAAAGCCAAGAGAACACGGUGCGCGACAUGGUAAACCGACUUCUGCCGCGGGAACAGGCCGACCUCUUCACCUUCUCUGUCGUUCCUUCGGCGUUUGACGAUCCGGCACUUGACACCGCUAAUAUCAGCAGCGUCAAUGGAACUGUCCGCAUCACCGGCAACUCUGGCACGGCAUGUUCUUUCGCUUUCUACCACUUCCUCAAAUACUACUGCGGUGCGCAUAUUUCCUGGUCGGCCCGCCAGUUGCAGCUUCCAGCGAUAUUGCCCGAUGUAUCCGUAAUCGUCAAAAAAGCCGACCUACUGCAUUAUUACCAGAACGUGUGCACGUCCAGUUAUUCUUUCGUGUGGUGGAAUUGGACACGUUGGGAAGAAGAGAUCGACUGGAUGGCGCUGCAGGGAAUAAACUUCCCGCUGGCUUUUACGGGCCAAGAAGAGAUUUGGCGGCGGGUUUACACUCGCCUGGGUCUAACCGAGGAGGAACUGGACGGUUUCUUUGUCGGACCGGCUUUUCUUGCUUGGGGCCGCAUGGGUAACAUUCGCGCGUGGGGUGGGCCCUUACCGCGGCAGUGGAUGGACGAGCAGGUGCAGCUGCAACACCAGAUACUGGCCAGAAUGCAGUCGUUCGGCAUGAUUCCUAUACUGCCGGCUUUUAGCGGCAUCGUUCCAGUUUCGCUUCUUCGAUUGUAUCCUAAGCUGAACAUGACCCGGAUGACCAACUGGGCCGGCUUUCCCGACGACCUGACUGGGUCUUACUUCUUGGAUCCGCACGAAGUGUUAUUCGGGGAAUUAGCGGAUCUCUUUAUCACAGAGAUGAAUGCGGAAUACAAAUACACAAGCCACUUUUACAAUGUUGAUACCUUCAACGAGCAGAAGCCGCGAGAUCCCAGCGGUUGGGACGCUGAAUUUAUCCGUGAAACGAUCGCCGUUAGCUAUGCCGGAAUGCGGCAGGCUGAUCCCAACGCCUUCUGGGUAAUGCAAGCCUGGAUGCUAACAUUCGACACAGAGUUCUGGACACCAGACAGAACGGCGGCACUGUUGACUGCCAUUCCAACGGGACGCCUAAUCAUGCUGGAUCUGUACGCGGAAGUUCUGCCCACCUACAACACAACGCGUUCCUUCUACGGCCAGCCCUUCAUCUGGUGCAUGUUGCAUAACUUCGGCGGCGUACUCGGACUGUACGGGCGGCUGACGUCCGUCAGCACGGGUCCACCGGCAGCCCGUCAGUACGUCAACACCUCCAUGGUGGGUGUUGGCAUUUCCCCGGAAGGUAUCAACCAGAACGAUAUGAUUUACGAAUUCAUGAACGAGAUGGCCUGGCGCACGCAGAUCCCCGACGUCGAUAAAUGGGUGGCCGCCUACACGGAGCGUCGAUACGGCGGGGAGACCCGCGACGGCCAGCGAGCGUACCACGUUCUCCGCACUUCCGUCUGGGAAUGCCCGGCUAGCAUCCACGAUAACGGCCAGUACACCAUCACACGACGACCGCGUUUCGGUUUGUGGGAGCCGAUGUGGUAUGAACCGGAUCAAGUGUUUACCGCGCUGGAUAUGUUGCUGGAGCAGAGCAGCACCCUCCCCAAGCAGGGCGCUCCGGGCUUCCUCUAUGACAUGGUGGACGUAACGCGGCAAACCCUGCAGAUAGCAUUUGCCUACUUCUACCAGAACCUGGAACAGGCUUACAGCGACAAGCGCGUGGAUCGUGUAGUGUUGUACGGUGAAGCCUUGGAGCUGAUUCUGCUGGACCUGUCGUCCGUCUUGUCGCUGCAUCCCAGUUUCCAGCUGACACCCUGGAUCGAGGCCGCCAAAUCGUGGGCGCGCGGUGAGAACCAGACGGAAUUCUACCAGUGGAACGCCCUCAAUCAGAUUUCGGUGUGGGGCCCGCAUGCGCAGAUUCUCGAUUAUGCCACCAAGCAAUGGAGCGGCGUGGUGGCGUACUAUUAUCAGCCGCGUUGGCGGAUGUUCAUCGAUGAGGUGGUAGCCAGUUUGGCCGGGGAGAAGGCAUUCAACCAGACGGCCUUCGAUCAACGCGUCUACCAGGACGUGGAGUUAGUGUUUACCUAUUCUAACCCCAGCGACUUGGCCGUGGCGGAGGAUCAGAAUGUGGCGGAUUUCGACAAUAUCGUCCAUCAGGCACGUUCGCUGCAUCGCCGAUACCAGGAUUACCGCUCGCCGGAGUUUCUGGAGCGGCUAUCCUCAAAAAGAUCUUCUCGCAGGAGGAACGGUACGCAGCGGACGCGUAAACAUCACCGCGAGUAGGCGCUGGUGGAGGCCGGGGCUUGGGCACGUAGUCGAGGGCACGGAUAGUGCUGCUCUAUUUUUAUCUGUGAUGUGUUUCUGUUUUUAUGCCUUCGUUAGUUUAUUAUGUUUCAGGUUAAUGCGCUUGCUCAACUGCACUCUGCGAUUUCAAGUGUAUGCUUCGCAAUUAAAACUUUGUUUGUGGGAAA